AUGGCAAAAGUUCUCAUCACCGGAAUCAACGGCUACAUCGCCGCGCACACCGCCGCCCGCUUCCUCCAGGCCGGCUUCAGCGUCAGGGGCACGGUCCGAAACAAAACCUCUCCUAAUGUCGAGUCCUUGCUUCGCGCAUUGUCCGCACCCCAGAAAGCAGGCGGCGGCAAGGUCGAGAUAGUCGAGGUUCCUGACAUCACCAUCAAAGGGGCGUUUGACAAUGCGCCAUAG